AUGGAACCUCUGCUGGCUGUGAAGGUUGGCUGUCUGGUGGGUCUUCUGUUCCUGACUCUGAUUUGUGGUCUGGCCCCUGCCUUUAUCAGCUUUUAUAUGAAAAAAAGCAUCACAGGUACCUUUGAACUUAUACUUUGCCUGAUCAGUGCAUUUGCUGCUGGUAUCUUCCUGGGAGCCUGUUUGCUCCAUGUGGUGGCAGAUUUCCUCUCAAACAUCGCUACGGAACUCUCAUACAUAAAUUACCCUAUGGGUGAGUUGAUCUUGUCUUUGGGCUUCUUCUUUGUUCUUCUCAUUGAACGUAUUGUUCUGCAAGUUUCCAAACGUUCCCAGAACAUUUCCCAUGAUGGUAUUCCACUGCCUGCCACUCAAAUGUCCACAGAUGCUAAUCAAAAUGUAAAAGGCGAAAUUCCAAGUGAGCUACAGCUGCCACCUGAGGAUCCGCAUAACCACGUCCAUCCUAACAUGUAUUCCCAUUCCUCCUUUCGCUCGCUUAUUCUCUUUUUUUCUCUCUCCAUCCACUCAGUCUUUGAAGGCUUAGCUAUUGGUCUUCAGUCCAGCUACUCAAGUGCUCUUCAAAUUGCAAUUGCUGUACUCAUCCACAAGGGCAUCAUUGUCUUCAGUCUUUCACUUAAACUAAUCCAGAGCAUGACCAGACCAGUUUGGUUAAUAAUCUACAUAGUGAUAUUCACACUGAUGUCCCCAGUUGGCAUUACAAUUGGCAUUAUUGUUACAUUGAAUCAGACCUCCAUCGUAUCUCUGGCGCAGGUGAUCCUGGAAGGCAUUUCCUCUGGGACAUUUGUUUAUGUUACUUUCUUAGAGAUCCUGCCACAAGAACUUAAUUCAGAGGAAAGGCCACUUCUUAAGGUUUUCUUCAUUAUCAUUGGUUUUACCGUAAUGGCAGUUGUAGCCAUCUGGGCCUGA